UUGACUUUCACUUUACACCGAUGUACUCAAAUAUUUUCGAAGUUGUCACGAAAGAAAGUGUCACGAAAUUGUUCAAAUGCUGCUAUUAUGUAAAUCACUGAGAGGGGUCUUACUGUAGGAGAAAACUGGAGUACCUGGGGAAAACCAAUGUGGUCAGACAGUUGGCUUCCUACCUUUACAGGAGUGUUCCUGGAAUCAACUUCAUGGACAGCUAGUUUGCAGGAUUCCCAUCAUUUGUGAAAGUGGUAGAGGUUGGCCCACGAGACGGAUUACAAAAUGAGAAGGUUAUGGUGCCAACAGAAACCAAAAUCAAAUUCAUAGAUCUGUUGUCAGAGGCCGGACUACCUGUGAUUGAAGUUACAAGUUUUGUAUCUCCGAAAUGGGUACCACAGAUGGCAGAUCAUACAGAAGUCCUACAGGGAAUCAAGCGACAUCCAAAUAUCUCCUAUGCUGCUCUCACACCCAAUCUUCAAGGAUUUAAAAGUGCUGUAAAUGCGAAAGUCUCUGAGGUGGCCAUAUUUGGAGCAGCUUCUGAAAGCUUCAGCAGAAAAAACAUAAACUGUAGUAUAGAAGAUAGCUUGAAGCGAUUUGAAGAAGUCAUGAAGGCUGCUAAGGAAUGUAAGAUGCCUGUUAGAGGGUAUGUUUCCUGUGUACUGGGAUGUCCGUAUGAAGGAGAUGUGGCACCAGAAAAAGUAGCCCAGGUAUCUAAGAGUAUGUAUGACAUGGGUUGUUAUGAGAUUUCUCUCGGAGACACGAUAGGAAUUGGCACCCCUGGAGGAAUGAAGAAAAUGCUUACUGAAGUGAUGAAAAGUGUACCGGUCAACAAACUGGCUGUUCACUGCCAUGAUACUUAUGGUCAAGCUUUGGCCAAUAUUUUUGCUGCUUUACAGAUGGGAGUGUCAGUUGUAGACAGUUCUGUAGCAGGACUCGGUGGCUGUCCAUAUGCCAAAGGUGCCAGUGGUAAUGUCUCCACUGAGGACGUUGUCUACAUGUUGAAUGGUCUUAAUAUCAAAACGGGUAUCAAUAUACAGAAGCUACUGGAGGCAGGACAGUAUAUUUCCUCGGCUAUAGAUUGUCCUACACAUUCCAAGGUGGCCCAGGCUAAAAAAUCUAGCUUAUGAUAUCACUGCUUGACUGUUAGAUAUAGAUACAAUAAAUACAAUGAAUGUGGAGACGUCUGUUGACCCCCUCAGUUUAUCACAGUAUAAAUACAGUGAAUGUGGAGACGUCUGUUGACCCCCUCAGUUUAUCACAAUAUAAAUACAGUGAAUGUGGAGACAUCUGUUGACCCCCUCAGUUUAUCACAGUAUAAGUACAGUGAAUGUGGAGACGUCUGUUGACCCCCUCAGUUUAUCACAGUAUAAGUACAGUGAAUGUGGAGACGUCUGUUGACCCCCUCAGUUUAUCACAGUAUAAGUACAGUGAAUGUGGAGACGUCUGUUGACCCCCUCAGUUUAUCACAGUAUAAGUACAGUGAAUGUGGAGACGUCUGUUGACCCCCUCAGUUUAUCACAGUAUAAGUACAGUGAAUGUGGAGACGUCUGUUGACCCCCUCAGUUUAUCACAGUAUAAGUACAGUGAAUGUGGAGACGUCUGUUGACCCCCUCAGUUUAUCACAGUAUAAGUACAGUGAAUGUGGAGACGUCUGUUGACCCCCUCAGUUUAUCACAGUAUAAGUACAGUGAAUGUGGAGACGUCUGUUGACCCCCUCAGUUUAUCACAGUAUAAGUACAGUGAAUGUGGAGACGUCUGUUGACCCCCUCAGUUUAUCACAGUAUAAGUACAGUGAAUGUGGAGACGUCUGUUGACCCCCUCAGUUUAUCACAGUAUAAGUACAGUGAAUGUGGAGACGUCUGUUGACCCCCUCAGUUUAUCACAGUAUAAAUACAGUGAAUGUGGAGACGUCUGUUGACCCCCUCAGUUUAUCACAGUAUAAAUACAAUGGAUUAACUGUUUGUCUGACAACAACUGUAUAUGUUUAUAGUAUGUAUCGCUUCGUGAUGACAUUGAGGUAUUUUUGACAGCUUAACAGUAUUGUAUAACAAUAAACCUGUGUUGAUAAUAAGGCUUUCUACAUCUGUUGUAGUGAAUUUAGAAUUCUAAAAAUUCUAGAUGAUACAAUUAGUGUGUUCCUCUAUUAUUUUAGCAUAUGAUACUUUUGGUAAUUCUAUUGUUAAAAUGGAAAAUUGUCUGCAGUAUGUUUUUUUUUUAAUUCCAAAAAGUUUUUGUACAAUUUUUGUGUCGCCUGCAGAGCUGGCUGACACUAAGGGAUCACUUUGUUCAACGUCACGCGUCAUCGUUGUUGGCAGCGGGGGCGUGGUCGUCCAUACGAAAGCUUUCCGGACUUUCUUCGGUAAUGCUUUGAGUUAUCAAAAUGAAAUUUGGCAUGUGGCUCUUUGUUGCAAGAGUACAGAUUAAGCUGGAUUCACAGCUGUCUGUGACGCAUUUUGGCAGAGAUAUGCCCCUUUCAACUUAGAAAAUUUCCUGGGAAUAUUGUUUUCCGGACUUUUUUGGCUUAUGCUUUGAGUUAUCGAAAUGAAAUUUGGUAUAUGGCUUCUUGUUGCAAGGGUACAGAUUAAGUUUGAUUCCUGGCUGUCUGUGGUCUUUCUUGGCUGAGUUAUGCCCCUUUGAACUUAGACAAUUCUCUGGGAAUAUUGUUUUCCUGACUUUCUUUGGUUAUGCUUCAAGUUGUAGAAAUGAAAUUUGGUAUUACAACUUUAUGGUUGAUCGUUGCACAUCCAGUCCAAUUUCUGGGUGACUGUGACACUUUAUGCAGGCGACACAUACAGUUCUCUUGUUUAAGAUGAAAGCAUGACAUGAUAUGAAUUGUUUAAGAAACCAUGCUUUCUUGUGGAGCAUGUCAUUUUUUCUAAUAAUUGUCAUAAUUAUUGUUGGAACAAAUUUCUUUGAGGAAAAGCAAAAGUUUUUUACGAAGUGGCAGAAAAUCAAAACAGUGUUACUUUUAAAAGAGGUCAAAGUUCAUCAGAGCAUGUCUUUUAGAAUAGGUCAAAUUUGAUCACUGUAUUUCUAGUAGAAAUUAUAUUUAUAUAGAGUGUGUCAAAGUUCAAUAUGUAUCUUUGAGAAAAAAACAAGGUUGAUCACAAUACUUGUAGUAUAUUGAUUUGAGUCUUAAAGGACAGUUCAUAAUACUGCUUAUGUGUUUGCUAAGUGUUUUCAUGACCUCAACAAAAAAAUAUUUCUGCUAAGGACAAACAUCAAAAGUAACAUAUGGUGUCAUUUAAUUGUUAAAGCUCUAGUUUAAUGAUAAAGAGGUGAGUCAAUUAAAUUAUUUUAAUUAAUGUGAUUUAACAAGGCUCAGUUGUCAUGGUUCAGUGACAAAAAUGAAAUGGCAUUUAGACUAGUCAGAUUUUAGUGAUCAUGGUUUUUCACCAGAACACCCUCACCUAGCUUUUAUAAUUAGUUAAUAAAUUGGAAAAUGUUGAACUUAAACAAAAUUUGUUUUUAAAAUGCUAUGGUCACAAGAUUUCUACAAUUUCAUUAUAAAACAAUGUCCAUUUUAUUUACGGAGUAUCCACUAUAUGUUAUAAAACUGUUUGAGAUUUGAGUUUUAAUUCUUUGAUGAUAACGUGAAGUUUAAUUGUAAUUAUUUACAAAUGUGUUUGUGUGUCUAAAUAUAGUAUAAAUAAAGUGUAACCAUUUACAGAAAUAAUUGUGGGUGAAAAAUAAGAUGUAGUAAAAAUUAAAAUUCUU